AUGACUGCAAACUCCAGCCAUAAAAGUCCUGUCUUUAUCCAUCCAUUGGAUGAGCUGAAGUGCAUUGCACAAGAUAAUGGCCUGCAUCUGGAAGAUUUACAGUUUGCAAAACUGAUGGAUGCCCAAGAUCCACUUAAACAAUUACGGAAUGAGUUCCACUACCCAAAGAUGGGAGACAUUUUACGUACUGACCACUCCUUGGUGAAUCCUAUGGAUGAUUGUGUUUACUUCUGUGGAAACUCUCUGGGAUUGUGUCCAAAGAAGGCCAAAGAGUAUACAAAUGUGGAGCUUGAAAAGUGGGCCAAUAUAGCACUGCAAGGCCAUCAGCAUGGUGAUCUCCCUUGGGCUUGGUGUGAUGAAGUACUGGAAGAAGAUAUGGCCAGAUUAGUUGGUUGCCAGAGGGAAGAGGUGGGUAUUAUGAAUGGGCUGACUGUGAAUCUUCACUUGCUGUUGAUUUCAUUUUACCGACCAAACAAAGACAGAUACAAAAUUUUGUGUGAGAGCAAGGCUUUUCCCUCUGACCAUUAUGCCUUUGAAAGUCAGUCAAGACUCCAUGGAUAUGACCCCAGUGACACAAUGAUUUGUAUGGAGCCACGAGAGGGUGAGUUCACGCUCCGAACUGAAGACAUCUUGUCCAAAAUUGAGGAGGAGGGAGACAAGAUUGCUGUGGUUUGUCUACCUGGAGUCCAGUAUUACACGGGUCAGCUAUUUGAUAUGCCAACCAUCACCAAGGCAGGACAAGCCAAGGGUUGCUACGUUGGCUGGGAUUUGGCUCAUACAGUCGGCAAUGUCCCACUUGAUCUGCAUGGCUGGGGUGUGGAUUUUGCUUGCUGGUGUACGUACAAGUAUCUGAAUGCUAGUGCUGGAGGUUUGGCUGGGCUUUUUAUACAUGAGAAGCACAAAGGUCACAACUUUCCCCAGCUGCUGGGCUGGUGGGGUCACGAUAUGUCAACACGUUUUAUGAUGGAUAAUAAGAUGCAUCUUCUUCCUGGAGCCAGAGGUUAUAGAAUCAGCAAUACUCCGGGCUUGUUAUGUGCUCCACUCAAGGCAAGUUUAGAG